UCUUUGUCAAAUUAACUAUCUUAUAUUUCAUCUAUAAAAAAGUGUAUAAUUAAUUUUAUUUCUUUAUCUUGAACUAUUCUUCUCGGUUUUUGCUCUCUUUCUCUGUCUGCUCUUUUAUUUUUUGCUUUCUCAGUUUAGAUACCAUUCGUCUGUUCUCUUUCUACGUGGAAAUUAGGAGACUUCAAGUUGACUACUAAGUUUCAGAUUCUCGACCCUUCAUCAUCUUCUUCCUCAGCGCUUUGUGAUUAAAUUACAGUUGCGCCAUAACUGAAGUGAAAUUUAAGCAAGUUGAGCUCAUGCAUCGAGGAUUCUACCGUACAACCUUAGCAGCAGCGCGGUUGUUCAACGAAUCGAGUGCUCUUCGUCUUGGAAAGAUCAUGAACAAAAGCGUGAGAUCAAUGGCUGGUGGAAAUUCCGCGACUUCGCACAUCAAGAUUUCGGAGCAAGAACGAGGGCAGCCGCAGCCUAUCAAUUCAUCAACAUAUGAGAAGGAUUAUCCUCCACUUUCUGUCAAUUUUGUUAAAUCUAAACGGGGAACUAGAUUACCCGUGGUCAAUUGUUCUAAACAGAAGCCGGAGGUGGCUCAGAACAUCAUGCCAUUGCAACAUGAAGCAUCUAACAUAGUCACUUGUUCUGGAGAGAAGUUGGUGGUUCAAAAUGUAGAGCCAUUGCAACGUGAAGCGGCCAACUUGAUCACUUGUUCCAAACAGAAUUUGGAGAAGGAGGUUCACAACAUCAGUGCACAAUGUGAAGCUUCUACUUCAAUGAGUGACCACAUUGACUCAGGCUUGCCCACCAGCUUCGGGAAGAAGCAGUUAUCUUCUUCGAGAAAGCCAAAGGUUCGCCAAACUCGUGUUCAUGAACAUCAAGAGGCCAAGAGAAGACCAAAGCCCUCUUCCAAGCCCUCUUCCUACUCUGCAAUAGAGGAUCCAUUUGAUAUAUGCCUUCCUAAAUCCUCAGAUUCCCCCAAUUAUGUGAAUAAGAGAUAUACACGAGUGUGCUCUCCGAUGAGACAGCCAGCCGAGGAGAAUGAGCAAAGCAAAGGUAUUACCGAGAAAGGAAAUGAUACAGAAGACUUGGUUGAAGAAAGUGGAUUGGUGUUAGGGCCUGGAAUGGUUUUACUCAAGCACUAUAUUCCCUUGUUGGAGCAGGUGAACAUUGUAAACAAGUGUCAAGAGUUAGGUUGUGGUCCGGGGGGGUUUUAUCGACCUGGCUACAAUGAUGGUGCAAAACUGCGCCUGUUCAUGAUGUGUUUGGGUCUAGACUGGGAUCCUCAAACAGCAAGCUAUGGAGAGAGGCGCCGCCAUGACAAUACUGCACCUCCUGACCUUCCUAGGGAAUUUACUUCAUUAGUGUGCAGAGCACUUGAUGAUUCCCACAGUCUAAUAGAAAGAACCCUGAAGGUUGAGAACGUUGACGAUGUGCUUCCUAAAAUGUCUCCAGAUUUGUGCAUUGUCAACUUCUACACUAGCAACGGGCGGCUUGGUCUCCAUCAGGAUCGUGAUGAAACACAGGAGAGUCUUUACAAAAGGCUACCCGUUGUUUCAAUCUCUAUUGGUGAUUCAGCUGAGUUUCUAUAUGGCAGGCAGAGAGAUGCCAACAAGGCUAACUUCGUCACACUAGAAUCAGGCGACGUGCUGAUCUUUGGUGGUGGAUCGAGGCAUAUAUAUCACGGGGUGAAUGCCAUUAUCCCCGACACAGCUCCUCUUGCAUUGCUGGAAAGUACAAGACUUCGACCAGGUCGGCUCAACCUGACUUUCAGAAAAUACUGAGUUUCUUGUCUCAGAUGUGAAUCCCUUAGUUCUUCACUGUGAGUAAAUAUGUGAUAUAUAGGAUUCUUGUGAAGGUUCAAUUUGGAAGCAUCAUGCUAAUUUUGAGGCAAAUUUUGUCCUAAUUUUAAACUGCCUCUGCCAUGACAAUGUUUGAUUUCACCAUAUGUUUUGGUGGAGUGAUGCCUUAUUUGGAUUAUUGGGAUUAUCACCUUUGAAUAUACAAUUAUGCUUGUUCUUGUU